AUGGCUCCUCAACCAGCACCUUCCGAGUCUCCUGGCGCAUUGCCGCUGACGACCAACAUGACAGCGACAUCUCUUUCUAGUGGUGGCAACAGCUGUUUGGACGAGCAAAUUGAAAGACUCAAGCGCUGCGAGUACUUGAGAGAGGGCGAAGUCAAGGCACUUUGUCUCCGAGCAAGAGAGAUCUUGGUUGACGAGAGCAAUGUUCAGAGAGUAGAUGCUCCUGUCACUAUAUGUGGUGACAUUCAUGGCCAGUUCUAUGAUUUGGUAGAGCUGUUCAAGGUUGGUGGAGAAUGCCCUGAUAAGAACUAUCUGUUUCUGGGUGAUUUUGUCGACAGAGGAUAUUAUUCGGUGGAAACAUUCCUCUUGCUUUUGGCGUUAAAAGUGAGAUACCCCGACCGAAUCACCUUGAUCAGGGGGAAUCAUGAAAGCCGACAAAUCACACAGGUCUACGGUUUCUAUGAUGAGUGCCUAAGAAAGUACGGAUCGGUCAACGUAUGGAGAUACUGCACUGAAAUCUUUGACUACCUGAGUCUCAGCGCCAUUAUCGAGGAUAAGAUCUUUACCGUUCAUGGAGGGCUGAGCCCCAGCAUCAAUACACUGGAUCAGAUUCGAGUCAUUGACCGCAAACAGGAAGUUCCCCAUGAUGGAGCCAUGUGUGAUCUCAUGUGGAGUGAUCCAGAAGAAAUUGACGGGUGGGGGCUUUCUCCAAGGGGAGCUGGAUAUUUGUUUGGCGGUGAUAUUGUAUCCAUGUUCAACGAACGUAACGAUCUUGAUUUGAUUGCCCGGGCCCAUCAAUUGGUCAUGGAAGGACAUCGUAGUAUGUUCAAUGAUGCCCUGGUGACGGUGUGGAGUGCCCCCAACUAUUGUUACCGUUGCGGCAACGUGGCAGCCAUUCUCGAACUGGAUGAAAAUUUGGAAAGAAGUUUCAAGAUCUUUGACGCGGCACCACAGGAGGCACGAGGGGUGCCCAUAAAGAACCCUCCUCCGGACUACUUCUUGUAACACCGUACCACAUCAGUGAAUUAAAAAUGGCUGUGAAGUAGUAAUCGUACAAAAUCAUUAGCUAGUAGUGUCUUUGUUAUCGU